AUGGCCAACACUUCCGAACCCACCUCUUCUGCCCUCGGUAAAUGGAUUGAGGAUCUCUAUGACCGCAUCUUCUGUCAGCCAAAUGAUGAAGUCUCGGCGAGUGCCUUCAAAGAGCGUAUCGCAGAGGGCUUCACCGCGAAAAUUAACCAUGACCUAUUCUCGCGACAAACCUUCAUGGAAGCUAUCAUGAAAUUUCGUGUCGAUAAUAUGACGAGUAUCCAGAGCACCAAGGAAAUCCAAUUCUGGGAUGCACCCGACGGCUCUGGCGCCGUGUGUGUCUCGCAGUUGGCGCAUUUCACCGACUCUAAUAAGGAGACUGGCGUUGGUACCAAGUCUUCUAUAUUGCUGAUUGCGAGUGUCAAGGUUGUUAAUGGGCAAAAGAUGCUGGUUGACUUGACGGAGGUCUUGAAGAUGUCUGAGUAA